CCGGAUCAGCCGACGUUAAAAUCGCAGAUGGAACAGAGGAAAUUCCUGAUGCUCCUGGAGCUGCGUUAUCAAGUUUGUUGCAGACUGCGCAAGCAUCAAGGGAUGAUGAGAAAAUUGCUAAGGCUAGUUACUAGAAGAUGCGCUGACACCUUGUUUAUCUCGGCGACGACCUCAGUGUCAGUCGGCUGUCUCUGUAAGAAGGGACUCGAGAAUAAAGAGGUCGUUGGCGAAGAUCGCUAUUUUUCAUCUAAGUAUCCCGAAGGCUUUUUGCGCAUAAAUUUUGUUACGUCUUCAGAUGCGCCGCAUCAACUCGUAUCCGUUCGGAUCGCACUGCCCCACUGCGCUGAUGAAGGCCAAAAUGGAGGUCAUGCGCCGACCGAUGCUGUGGUGGAAUCGAGAACAGCAUCCGGCGCGCCCUCGGCAGCGAAAGAGCCCUCAACAGCGAAGGAGGUUUCAACAGCAGCGAGCAAUCCCUCUCCGGGUGGUUACACCGAUACUGGAGCUUUACUUGCAUCAUCGUCCAUUGAGCAGACGCCUUUCAAUACGGACCGAUCCGGGACUCGUGAAAAAAUACCUGCAGAGACGACCACUCAGACGAGCUCAACCACCGAGACUGUCACCACUACACUAAGAAGAUCAGGCGCGUGAUGUAAAACAGUUGUUACUUGUUUCAUGCCCGUAUAGAUGAAUGUAGAUGAAGUAGUACAUCGAGAUGGUAGAUCAUUGAUAGGAGCCCUUCUGUUGAGUCUGUUUUCUGUUUAUUUAUUCGGUAGUAUGGUUUUUCGUCUUCACUUUACAAGAUGUAGCUGUAGAGCUCGAAUAGUGACGGUGGUAA